AUGGAAGAAUGUCCAAUAGAGAAAAGCACUGCCAUUCAGGAUAAAGAAAUUAACUUAUCCUCCAGAAUCGAAGAGCGUAAAGUGAUAUGUAAAAUUAACCGUGUGGCCGUUCCGUUCAUGCUUUUAGCAAUGUUUUUUCAGAAACUCGAUCAUAUGACUUUAAAUCUCUCUGCUAUGCUCGGUAUUUACGAUGAUGUAAAUAUCACGCACAACGAAUUUGGUAUAGCAGGCUCUUUAUAUUACCUGGGUGAAAUAUCAUUUCAGCUUGUGGUAGUCUUUUUCCUUCAACGGUUUUCACUUUCUCAAGUGAUGGGCAUACCGAUGCUGUUUUGGGGCACAAGUAUGAUCGGAUCGUCCUUUGCAACCAACUUUGCACAGUUGGGUGCAUGUCGGUUUUGCUGGGCGUUUUUGAAGCGUUUACGUACCCCGCUCUUUUUCUCUUUAUCAGAACACACUAUCGACGAUCCGAACAGGGCACCUACCUUGCGCUUGUAUAUGCUGGACUUUGUGCAAACACUGAGUUUAUGCAUGGACGCGGUAGCUGGUCAUGGUUGGUCUAUGCUCCUGUAUGGUAUUGCCACUGCUUGUUUUAGCGUGUUAAUCAUUUUAUUUUUACCGAACACACCUUACAGCAAGCAUUUUCAUUUAACUACCCGUGAAAAGGAAAUUGUUGCGGCUCGGAUUGCUGACAACAAGUUUUCCAGCCGACCUACCAGUAUCCAAUGGGAUCAAAUCGCGGAAUCUCUCAAGGAUCCUUGCUUCUACAGCUUAUUCUUGCUUAGUUACCUAUGCAAUCUACCAAAUGGGGCCAUUAAUGUGUUUAGCUCACAACUUAUCAGGGAUCUUGGUUUUUCGGAGCUCGACUCAAUUCUUUUGAAUAUUCCACGGAGCGUAUACGAAGUUAUGUCGUAUAUUCUAUUCGUAAUAUGCACAACCAAAGUACGAUGGUGCAGGAACCAUAUUGCAUAUACCAGUGGUUUGCUUAGUAUAAUCUCAACACUAUCUGUUAUGCUACUGCGUGUUAUUCCUGUCGGCAAGGCGCCUAUUGUCCGGCUUUUCGCGCUUACAAUCAUUCCAACGACGUAUUCUACGCUUGGUGCACAAGUGUUGAUAUCCACCAACAUCGCUGGCAGAACCAAAUUGAUUUUCUACACUACAGCAAUCACUUUUUCCAGUACUUUGGGCCAUUUUACAGGCCCACUGAUGAUGGCGGGUCGAGAAUCUCCUUCUUACCCUAGCGCCUUGACGGGAUAUAUUGUCGCUGACGUUCUUACAAUCCUCUUAUUCGUUCAUGUGGGCUGGUCGCUCUCAAGAGAAAACGAACGACGGUUACAGCAGCAACAGAACCAUCAUCAGCACAGUGAACAAGAUCAAGAAAGUUCCCUGCAACUACAACAGCACACUCAACAUGGCAAUGAAGAUACGGGUGAUAAAGAUGACUUGACGGAUGUUCAACAGCCCUAUUUUGUAUACAGACCAUAA